AUGGUCUUCUGUAAGGUUAGCAAAGUAGCCCUCAUCCUGGUGCUCAUAAUCCUCGUCUCCUCUAACCAUAUCAUGUACUCUCAAGGCGAACCUCUCACGAUGAUGCAGAGGAGGCUUAACUUGCUGUCACAUUCCGAUGGGGACACCAAGGGGACGAUGACCCCAGGCACAAUCUCGCCGGACGGCACCGGGAGUGGCGGCGCAGCCGGUGGUGGCGUCCUCGGAGAGGACACCCGAGCGACGGAUCCUGGACACAGCCCUGGUGCCGGCCAUGCCGCCACCAACAAUGGGGUUGGGAGGAAGUUGCUUGGUGUUGAUGUGUAA